AUGCCAUCUUCGAGCAACGGCGACACUCUUCCUUUCCCACUGAAACAGCACAUUCCCACUCUUCUCUUCAUCGCCGUCACGGCGCUCACUUCGACGCUCGUCGGCCGCACACAGGCGAUUCCCUACCUCGAUGAGAUCUUCCAUAUCCCGCAGGCGAAGCGAUACUGCGCAGCUCUCGCCUCCACAUCUCUUCUCUCCGUGAACGAUGUCUGGCAGAAGCUCAAGGGCGUAAGCUACGAUGAGGGUCUCACGACUCCUCCCGGUCUCUACGCGAUCUCGGUCGUACUAGCAAAGGUGCUGCCAGGAUGGGAGUGCAAGGAUACUAUUUGGCUGAGAGCUACGAACUUGGUACUGCUCCUCACACUUCCAACUUUGGUGGCUAGGAUACUUCGACAGAACGACGAGCAGGUUCAGAGCACUCCCGCCAAGGAGUCCGUCUCGGCGAAAGUAGCGACCAACAAAACGAACAAGGCGAUCUCAAGGCGUCACAUCGAAUCGCUUCAGGCAAAAGCGAAGCUCGAACAGCCACCCACCCCCAACGCUUCGCACGACGAUUUGCCAGAUGUCGUUCCUCCUACCAUCGCUGCUGCACAUGGCUCGUCGCUAGCACCUUCAAGAUCAGCAUCGACGCUCCCCACAGCACAGAAGCGCAAAGAAGCCACGCCAUACUUCAUGGCCAUAGCAUGCACCAUUUGCUUCCUGCCUCCCCUCUGGUUCUUUGGCUUCCUGUACUACACCGACCUGGCUUCCAUCUGGCUGGUGUUGGCAAUCCUUACGCUGUAUAACGACUUGAAUGCUGCACUGGAUUUCUCCUCCGCUAGCACUGGGGCGCUGAUCUCCCUGGCAUCAAUCUUGGCAGUAUCGGUACGACAGAACAACAUUGUGUGGAUCGGCUUUGCAGCAGCACAAGCUGCCCUAGCGAGUGUUGGCAAACUCUUCGAGCCCGAAGUGGAAGCUGCCAACCUUCCUUCGCAGGUCGGUGCAGUGCUCAAGGUAGCGUUCGGAGAAAAGGGGCGACAUUUCUGGAAAGUCAUCGCGGUCAAUGCGGCGCCCAUGGCGCCGGUCCUGGCAGUGACUGCGUGGUUUUUGCGAUGGAACGGAAGUAUCGUGUUGGGCGACAAGUCGGCUCAUCAAGUGGCAUUGCAUCUGCCGCAUGUGGGUUACUUUUUGGCCUUUGCCUCCCUCUUUGGCUUCGCCCCUUUGCUGUAUGGUCUGCAGCCGCCGCUGAGUGACGUCGAGUCAAAAUCGAACUCGACGAUGGCAGGCCUUGCCGAGUCGAUUCGUCAAGCUAUCGCCGUCGUAACACAGGCAACUCUCGGCUCUGUGACCGGCCUGUUGACGCUCGCGGCUGCCUUGAUCGGCUUCUACAUUGCAGCAGAUCAAUUCACCAUCGAACAUCCAUAUCUGCUUUCUGACAACCGGCACUACCCGUCCUACGUCUGGCGCAGGUUCCGCAAGUCUUACACCCUCCCUGGAACGGGCGGAUACGCGGUCAAGCCGAAAUUUGUGGUAGUGCCUCUGUUCGCACUCGCGCUCAUCGCCUGGAGCGGAGCCCUUACGCGCAACGCAGCUCGCAAAGGCACAGGUGCACUUUUCAAUCUCCUUUUCUGGCUGGCUACCUCGGCAGCAUUGGUGCCGACGCCCUUGAUCGAACCGAGGUACUUUUUGAUGUCGUACAUCUUGCUCAGGAUUUUCAGCCAUCCCAAAGGUGCGCGGGUGGAGGGAGAAGAGGAGAGGAGGUUGAGGUGGGUGUAUCUGGCAUUGGAAGUGGCGACCUACGCAGCGGUCAAUGCGAUCACUGUGGGGCUAUUUGUCUUGAAGCCGUUCGAGUGGCCGGAGAGUGCGGUGAACAAGGCGAGGGGUGAGGGUACGACGAUGCGGUACCUCUGGUAG